CCAGCAUUUGUGUAGUUUGUUGUGAAAUCAGUUUUUGAGCUUGAAGACGAAGACGAAGAUGAGUAGCUCUGCACAAACUCCACACUCUCUAGCCUUCCGGGUGAUGAGGCUCUGCAGGCCAUCUCUUCACGUUGAAAUCCCACUCCGUUUCCACCCCUGCGAUCUGCUCUUCGGCGAAGAUCUGUUCGACGACUCCGUCGCCGCCGAUCACCUCCCUCGUCUCCUCUCCGGCUGCGAAUCCGUUACCUCCGGCGACGGUGUUUCUGACCCGUCGGAUCUCUCGUACCGCUCCAGAUUUCUCCUCGAUCAGUCAUCCGAUUCCCUCGGUGUCCCUGGCCUCCUCGUCCUCCCCCAAUCCUUCGGGGCCAUAUAUUUGGGAGAGACGUUCUGCAGUUAUAUCAGUAUAAACAACAGUUCUAAUGUCGAAGUCAGGGAUGUUGUAAUCAAGGCAGAAAUCCAAACAGAAAAGCAACGAAUACUUCUUUUGGAUACAUCAAAAUCCCCCGUUGAGUCCAUACGAGCUGGAGGACGAUAUGAUUUCAUUGUAGAACAUGAUGUGAAAGAACUUGGUGCACAUACAUUGGUGUGCACUGCUCAAUAUAGUGAUGAUGAUGCUGAGCGUAAAUAUCUACCACAGUUUUUCAAAUUCAUAGUUACAAACCCCCUUUCUGUUCGAACAAAGGUGCAGUCUAGAAUGCCUCUGAUGCAUGCUUCAAUGGGAGUAUAAUUAAUGCAUACAUAGUGCCAAGAGUGGUUGUAACUUACUACUUUUACUUCGCAAACAUAUCUAUUCCACCAUCUCCAAUGGAGCCAUAGGUUCACUAUUUUUUGGGUUUGGGUUGUGAUGGAAUAAAACAAAAUGGCUCUUUAAAGUUUACACUGUCUGUGCUUCUUCUAUACUGAAGUAACAAUUAGUCAAUGCAAGUUUCGAUGCUCAUCUUGGGUCAUCUGGAAACAACCGCUCUAUGUUUUAAACAUUGGGUUCAAGCUGCGUACAUCCGAACCCCUCCUACACUGCAAUGGGCGGGAGCCCUUGAGGGCCUGACGCAUUGGGGUAAUGUUG